AUGGCCCCCAAGUCUCGUCAGGAGGCUGAAGACGCUGAGGAAGAGGCUCUCACAUCCCUGGUGGACCGAGAACCAGUGAGUGGCCAUGUGGGGCCUCCAGCGGGUGCCAUUGCAUACCCGGUGGCUCCCACACGCCCUCAGAACGCCAAGCCCAGCUCCACCAGGAUGGUCUCCUCCAUCAACCUGCAGUCGGCCUUGGAGUCCCUGGACCCCCACACCCUACGGCUGCUCUGGGGGCAGAGGGAGUUGGAGAUCCAGGCCCUGCGGUGGACCAUCCAGAAUCAGCAUGAAGCCCGGCACUGCCGUAUCCUGCAGAAGGUGGCUGGGCUUCCGGCUGAGAGGAGCUCGAGAAGUCAGGAAAAAUUCCUGCAAAACCAGGUCCAAAAGCUGACUUUGGAGUUGAAAGCGCAGAAGGAAAAGGCCCAACUGGAGAAGGAGCGCCUGGAGGAGCGCCUGCAGCAGACAGGGGACGCGCUGCAGCAGCUGGAGGCCGAGCUGCAGGCCUUCCAGAAGUCCUGCCUCCUGCAGCUGGCCCGCUCCUCCUGGGUGGGCCGCGUGCUGCGGUCUUCCACAGGCAGCGUGGAGGUAGUGCCGGCAGAGACCCUGAUGGAACUCAGUGGCUUCUCUGAGAGCGGUCAGGCCCCCACUGCUGGGGAGGGUUUCCGGCUGGAGGAUGUGGACUGGAGCAGCAUUGCCCACCGGUACCCUAACCUCUUCACCAACCUCGAGUCCAGCUCAGAUCAAAAGCACCCCCGGACCCCGCAGCUUCCAACAGCCUCACCGCCUAACCAGUGGAACUCAGAGCUGUGCUGUAGGCACCAGGAGCACAAUCUCAAGAGUGUCGAGUGGAGCUCCCUGCCCUUGGUGGGCACCAGCAGCUCCGGGGGCGCUGACUCCGAGUCCAGCAACAGCCAGCUGGCGGUGCAUAAUCGCGUGCAUAAAGUGACAGGGGCCCGUCCCCCAGUGCCUGGCCGCACUGCCAAGCAGGUGGAGGCACGGGCACAGAGCCUCUGCAGGGACAGUCAGGCAACAUUUGAAGUCUGCCUCUUCCUGCAUCUCCAGAAAACCCGCUCAGACAAGCAGGGCAAGAAUGGCCAGGAGCCUAAGUCUGGGGUGGAUUCCCAUCUCUGGACUUCCGGGCGCUGUCCAAGCCCCACGGGCACCCGCCUGAAGAUCAUGGCGGUUAGCCGCCGCCAGAGGUUCGUGCGCAUCCUCAACCAGUCGCCGGAGGAGACGGUGGAUCUGGGCGGCUUCGUGCUGCAGCAGCUGGUGCUCGACUUCCCUGUGUGCAUGUACCGCUUCCCACCCAACACCCUGCUGGCUCCGCGGCACCACAUCACGGUGUGGGGCGAGGGGCCCUGUAGCACCAAGCGGCAGCAGUCCUCCUCCCUGGGCCAGGAGCCCGUCCACUUCUACUCCAGCCGAGGCUGUGCGACCCUCCUCCUGAACCCCCAAGGCGAGGUCCUCAGCGAGCACCAGUCCCCACACUACAUGACCCCAGUGUCCAGGAUCUUCGCAGACAACACCGACUUGUCCAUCGACUGUUUCCCGCUCUCAGAGGCCCGGCCCGGAGCUGACCUUGCGGAGCAUCAGCCCCAGCCUCGACCCCCGCGCAAGGGUCGGGUGCGGGAGGCCCAGGCUGGGCGCCGGAGGCCUGGGCCGAGGGUCGGGUUGCCCCGCCUGAGUACCAUCAAGAUCCAUCGCCAGCGGGAGGCCCCAGUAUGGCCCGAGGACGCGGCCCAGACCCACGCAGAGCUCUUGCCCGCCAUCCCCAGCCCCGAGGUCGGGGUGGGCCUCCAGGACUGCCAGGGUAGGAAGGAGCACAAAGUCCGGGUGUGCCGGAAGAGGGUGGACCGCGGCUGUCCCAUGGUGACGCUGUCGGUGCAGAGCACAGCUGAGAGCAGGUUCGGCUUCCGCUUCCUCAGCUACCCGCCCAUCACCGCGGACACUCGCUGGCCGCUGUAG